GUGAGAGGUGCAUGAAAUGGAGAAAAAUGGCGGAUCAUGUGCAGGGCCUCGCCCAGCUGGAGAUCCUGUGUAAACAGCUGUACGAGACCACCGACACCGCCGUCCGACACCAGGCGGAGAAAGCUCUGGUGGAGUUCACCAACAGCCCCGACUGUCUCAGCAAAUGUCAGCUGCUGCUGGAGAGAGGCAGCUCGUCGUAUUCUCAGCUGCUCGCAGCCACCUGUUUGUCUAAGCUGGUGUCUCGAACCAGCAACCCCCUGCCCCUCGAACAACGCAUCGACAUCCGGAACUAUGUGCUGAAUUAUCUGGCGACGCGGCCGAAAUUAGCAGCGUUUGUGACCCAGGCUUUGAUCCAGCUGUACGCCAGGAUCACCAAGCUGGGCUGGUUCGACUGUCAGAAAGACGACUACGUGUUCAGAAACGUCAUCGCCGAUGUCACGCGCUUUCUACAGGAUAGCGUCGAACACUGCAUCAUAGGCGUCACCAUCCUGUCCCAGCUGACGAACGAGAUCAACCAGGCCGACACGACGCACCCCCUGACCAAACAUAGGAAGAUAGCAUCGUCGUUCAGAGAUUCCUCCCUCUUCGACAUCUUCACUCUUUCCUGCAACCUCCUCAAACAGGCUUCGGGGAAGAACCUGAACCUGAACGAUGAAUCUCAGCACGGUCUGCUGAUGCAGCUGCUCAAACUCAGCUACAAUUGCCUCAACUACGACUUUAUAGGAACUUCCACGGACGAGUCGUCGGACGACCUCUGCACCGUACAGAUCCCCACGUCAUGGAGAUCAGCAUUUCUCGAUUCCUCCACUCUGCAGCUCUUUUUCAAUUUAUAUCAUUCCAUCCCUCCAUCCCUGUCCCCAUUGGUGUUGUCGUGUUUAGUUCAGAUAGCCUCUGUCCGGAGGUCUCUCUUCAACAACGCAGAGCGAGCAAAGUUUCUUUCACAUUUGGUGGAUGGAGUGAAGAGGAUACUGGCAAACCCACAGUGUUUGCCUGAUCCUAAUAAUUACCACGAGUUCUGUCGUCUGCUGGCGAGGCUGAAGAGUAACUACCAGCUGGGGGAGCUGGUCAAAGUAGAAAACUACCCCGAAGUCAUUCGCCUCAUAGCCAACUUCACCGUCACCAGUCUGCAGCACUGGGAGUUUGCCCCCAACAGUGUUCACUACCUGCUGAGUCUGUGGCAGCGUCUGGCAGCGUCGGUCCCCUAUGUUAAAGCCACCGAGCCUCACCUGCUGGAGACCUACACUCCAGAGGUCACCAAGGCCUACAUCACAUCGCGGCUCGAGUCGGUCCACGUCAUCCUCAGAGACGGCUUAGAAGACCCUCUGGAUGACGCCGGCCUGGUCCAGCAGCAGUUAGACCAGCUGUCCACCAUCGGGAGGUGUGAGUACGAGAAGACUUGUGCUCUGCUGGUCCAGCUGUUCGACCAGGCGGCUCAGACCUACCAGGAGCUGCUGCAGUCCACCAACUCGAGCGCCGCAGACAUCACUGUGCAGGAGGGUACGAGCCGCGCUCAGAUGGGGAUUCAAGCUCAAGCUCUAACUUGUCGGUUGACAUGGCUGGUUUAUAUAAUCGGCGCGGUGAUCGGCGGGCGGGUGUCGUUUGCGAGUACAGACGAGCAGGACGCCAUGGACGGAGAGCUAGUCUGUCGGGUGCUCCAGCUGAUGAACCUGACCGACUCCCGGCUAGCUCAGGCCGGCAACGAGAGGCUGGAACUGGCCAUGCUCAGCUUCUUUGAGCAGUUCAGAAAGAUCUACAUCGGCGACCAGGUGCAGAAAUCCUCAAAGCUUUAUCGACGACUAUCAGAGGUUCUGGGGUUGAAUGACGAGACGAUGGUACUCAGUGUCUUUAUCGGGAAAAUCAUCACAAACUUGAAGUACUGGGGCCAGUGUGAACCAAUCACCUCCAAGACACUCCAACUACUGAACGACCUCUCUUUAGGGUACAGCAGCGUGAGGAAGCUGGUGAAGCUCAGCGCGGUCCAGUUCAUGUUGAACAACCACACGAGCGAGCAUUUCUCCUUCCUGGGAGUCAACAACCAGUCGAAUCUGAGCGACAUGAGGUGUCGGACCACCUUCUACACGGCACUGGGACGCCUGCUGAUGGUGGAUCUGGGUGAGGACGAGGACCAGUUUGAACAGUUCAUGCUGCCUCUGACGGCGGCGUUCGAAGCUGUGGCUCAGAUGCUGAGUACGAACACCUUCAACGAGCAGGAAGCCAAGAGGACUUUGGUGGGUUUGGUCCGAGACCUGCGAGGCAUCGCGUUCGCCUUCAACGCCAAGACGAGCUUCAUGAUGCUGUUCGACUGGAUAUAUCCGGCCUACAUGCCCAUCCUGCAGCGAGCCAUCGAGCUGUGGUACCACGACCCAGCAUGCACCACGCCCGUCCUCAAACUCAUGGCUGAGCUGGUUCACAACAGAUCUCAGAGGUUACAGUUCGACGUGUCGUCGCCCAACGGCAUCCUGCUGUUCAGAGAAACCAGCAAGAUGAUCACAACCUACGGAAACCGCAUCCUGACGCUGGGAGAGGUCCCGAAGGACCAGGUGUACGGGGUGAAGCUGAAGGGGGUCAGCGUGUGCUUCGCCAUGCUGAAGGCGGUGCUCAGCGGGAACUACGUCAACUUCGGGGUCUUUCGUCUGUACGGCGACGACGCUCUGGACAACGCCUUACAGACCUUCAUCAAACUGCUGCUGUCCAUCCCUCACAGUGACUUACUAGACUACCCGAAGCUCAGCCAGUCCUUCUACUCCCUGCUGGAGGUGCUGACGCAGGACCACAUGAACUUCAUCGCCAGUCUGGAGCCUCACGUCGUCAUGUACAUCCUGUCUUCGAUAUCAGAGGGACUCACCGCGCUCGACACGAUGGUGUGCACGGGCUGCUGCUCCAGUCUGGACCACAUAGUGACCUACCUGUUCAAGCAGCUGUCGCGCUCCACGAAGAAGCGUCCCACUCCGAUGGCAACGGACGAUCGCUUCCUGCACAUCAUGCAGCAGCACCCGGAGAUGAUCCAGCAGAUGCUGUCCACAGUGUUGAAUAUCAUCAUCUUUGAGGACUGUAGGAACCAGUGGUCAAUGUCUCGACCUCUGUUAGGCCUCAUCCUGCUCAACGAGAAGUAUUUUGCUGACCUGAGGAACAGCAUCGUCAACAGUCAGCCCCCCGAGAAGCAGCAAGCCAUGCACUUAUGUUUCGAGAACUUGAUGGAGGGAAUAGAGAGAAAUCUACUAACAAAGAAUCGAGACAGGUUUACUCAGAACCUGUCUGUGUUCAGGAGGGAAGUCAACGACAGCAUGAAGAACUCAACAUACGGCGUCAACAGCAACGACAUGAUGAGCUGACAUUCCACACAGAGGAGUCUCACCCAGCUGCAGACAGAGCUCACCCCCCCCUCGCUCCUCCACAGCCUCCCUCCCUCCCCCCUCCCCGCAUCAGCCUCCCCCCUCCCCCCCUGGGCCCGGAUGCCCGGGGAUCAUCCCCCCCCGACGCGACGUCCAGGAUCGUUGAUGAACUUCGGCGAAUAGCCCCCACCCGGCCCCCACCCCUUUUUGAUAUAAACAUAUAUAAAUAUAUACAGAUCUAUUUUAAAGCGAUGGUCUGACGCGUCUGGCUGACUUAUCAGCGGAGGGGUCAGAGGGAGGGGGGGGGGGGCGCAUGUCUACGCACUCUGAAUCACUCGCAGGGAGGAGAGAGUGCCGAGGAGGCGAGGGGGGGUGAGGAGGGGACGAACGCCGUAAACGUAGUAAUCCGCUUCUGCCUGCCUUGUAUAGAAACACACAGAAACCAAGUGUACAUUUCUUUUGGUAACAUUUUGAACAAUGUUUAUAACGAUCGAAUUUAAAACAACGAUGAGUGGAGGAAAACAACAAAAAAAAAACGGUGUGAUUGAGCUUUUUACAGUGUAGUGAGUUAGUGCAACUGUCUGUCUGCGCGGGGGGGGGGGGGGGGGGGGGGGUCGACGGGAGCGCUACGGCCACAGGGCGUCAGGAGGAAGAGGAGCGCACACUAACAGGCAGGGAGAGGCAGAGCGUCCAUGUUGUACAUUUCCCUCGAGUUCUCGGGUCGAUCUGAUGUAAAUAACCACGUCCCUCACAGGCUUCAAAGGACACGUCUGCUGGUUUUCAGCCUCAUCCUCCCGCCGGCGUCUCUUCUGACGCCACGUCAGGUUAGCUGCUAACAGCAGGUCAGCUGCAUCGUGGGUAAUGUAGGCGGCAGGCUUUGAUCAGGUAGAAUGUCUUUAACUUCGGACAUGUUGGUUUGAUAAGAGGAUCAACAGUGAAGCAGCAGAACGAAGAUGUCAGUGCCUACAUUACCCAUAAUGCAACAGGACCGCGGACAGGUGGGCGGUAGAUUGUGCUGUGUUAUGCUAGUAGCAGCUAAUGUAGCCUGCAGCACAGGUGAGGUCUGGUCAGCUGAUUUUAACUCCAACAGCAUCUCUUUGGCUCUGAAACGUUGACGGAUGUUUCUUAAUAUUCUGACUUUUUAAAGAUUUAACGGCCCGAAACUUCUAGAAUUUUCAAGACACUCAAGAAAUAAAGCUGCAGCUAAUGGUCUGCAGCUGACGUCCUGCUGCUAGCUGCUAACAGCCUGCAGCUAACUGCCUGCUGCUAGCUGCUAACAGCCUGCAGCUGACGGCCUGCUGCUUGCUGCUAACAGCCUGCAGCUAACUGCCUGCUGCUAGCUGCUAACAGCCGGCAGCUAAUGGCCUGCAGCUGACAUCCUGCUGCUAGCUGCUAACAGCCUGCAGCUAACGACCUGCUGCUAGCUGCUAACGGCCUGCAGGUGACUGCCUGCUAACGGCCUGCUGCUAGCUGCUAACGGCCUGCAGCUGACGGCCUGCUGCUUGCUGCUAACAGCCUGCAGCUAACUGCCUGCUGCUAGCUGCUAACAGCCGGCAGCUAAUGGCCUGCAGCUGACAUCCUGCUGCUAGCUGCUAACAGCCUGCAGCUAACGACCUGCUGCUAGCUGCUAACGGCCUGCAGGUGACUGCCUGCUAACGGCCUGCUGCUAGCUGCUAACGGCCUGCAGCUGACGGCCUGCCAGCGGCCUGCUGCUAGCUGCUAACAGCCUGCAGCUAACGGCCUGCUGCUAGCAGCUAGCAGCAUUUUCAUUAUCUGCUGACCUGCAGAAUCUUUUCUCUAUUAGUUUAGAAAAUAAAACCCGCUCAUCGUCAUCUCGGAGCAAAAAGAGAAGAAUUCACACGUUUUGUCCAUCAGUCCAGAACCACCGAGAGAACCUUUACAACCCGACAGAAAUGCAGCAAACGUCACGUUAAACAGUUUGACGGUUCAGCUUCAGAACGACUUCCUGUCCUCGACUAAUCGACCGAUCGAUCAGACUCUUCUUCAGAGAAGCCGUAGGUUUCAUGACGUUCGUCAGGGUCCUGGUCUGCAGCCAGACCCGGAGCUAGAAUAGACCCAGCGAUGAGGCUGAGAACCAUCAGAGCUUCGCUUUUACACAGUCCCGUCUUGUCCACCACGGCGCUGCGAGACGGCGGCGUCCUGUCGGCGUCGUGUGCACACGCCUGCUCGUUUCCCCGCCACGACGGACGUGUAAACGACGUGGUCACAGCUACGUUUCCCCUCUGGUAGGCCGGGUGCAGGUCCACCAUUUAGUUUACACUCUGGAUUCCUGGACCAGGCUUUGGGACUGCCCCCCUAUAGGUCCUGCAGCGGAGUCCUUUUUGGUGUGUGUGUGUGUGUGUGUGUGCGUGUGUGUGUGCGUGUGCGUGCGUGUGUGUGUGUGCGUGUGCGUGUGUGCGUGUGCGUGUCUCAUGGUGCUGCGAAGCCGUGAUGGAGCUCAAACAGCUGAGUUCUGUGCCACCGUACAGGAUGAACGACGAUGAUGUUGGAGCUCCUUGAAGGAUCCAGUCUGGUUUUGAAGAUCUGAAGUCUUGCAUCGACCUUCGGUAGCAGUCAGAACAGUGUAAAAAGAAGCUGGAGUCUAUUAGCAACUUGUGUUACUCUCUACGAUGUUGCUGCUAACUGUUUGUGACAACUAGCUCAUUUCUAACCAUGUCAGCACUCAUGGAUGUUUCUCGAGUUUCUCAGUUUUGGUUUGUGUCCAUGAUGUGAAUGUGUUGGGUCCAUAGAGUGAAUAGCUGUUUGAGUUGUUUGGAUGUCUGCUACAUAUAGUGUAAGCUUUGUGACUGCAAAUAAACCUCAUUGAUUUUUA